AUGGCGGCGGCUCCGGCGGAAGCCCGGGCCGUAGAGUUCCGGAAGUCCGCGAGAGGAUUGCAGCGGUCGCGCUUCCCCAACCGAGCGCCCUCCGGUUCCCUCCAGGUGGUGGCAGGAUUCAACCGCCUCCGGCAGGAGCAGAGAGGCCUGGCUUCCAAGGCGGCCGAGCUGGAGUUGGAGCUGAACGGACACAAGCUAGUUAUUGAAACACUCAGAGAAGUGGACCCUACCAGGAGAUGCUACCGAAUGGUAGGGGGUGUGUUGGUGGAACGCACCGUGAAGGAGGUUCUCCCAGCCUUGGAAAACAACAAGGAGCAGAUCAACAAGAUCAUUGAGACCCUGAGCCAGCAGCUGCAGACGAAAGGCCGGGAGCUGAACGAGUUCCGAGAGAAGCACAACAUUCGCUUAAUGGGGGAAGAUGACCAGAAGGCUCCUUCCAAGGAGAGUCCGGAGGGAGCAGCUGCCAAAUCCAGUUCUGCAGGAGUCCUUGUCUCUUAGUGAGGAGAGUGGACUUGGAUGGAAGGACUUAACCCCCCUUAGCCCACUGUUGCAGCUUUUGACCUCCAGAGCCCCCCCCCUCCGUUAUCAUUAUGGAUGUUAGAGUGUCAUCUCUUCUGUGUUUUGUUAAAUAAAUGUUUGUUUGUUGUGGAA